AUGAGACUGGCGGCGCUGGUCGUGGUGUGCGGGCUGAUCGCCGGGCAGGACGGAGCCACUCUGCACCGGUUCGAGUCGGCACAGAGGACGCGUGCAACAGGAUCCGUCCUCUCCGCCCUCACCAGGAGAACCACCGGAGAGUUCCUGGCGGAGGAGGCCGCCCCGUGUUUGUCCCUGAGGGAGAACGAGGAGCAGCGGCAGCUCCUGUGCAACGACCGCAGGAGCAAAUUCAACUUCAACCCGUUCGGCCUCCGCUUCGGAAAACGCUACACGCACAGGAGGGGAGCCCGGACCCAUCAACUGCCCCCCCUCUCCCUUCGCCCCCCCUCUCUCUUCUCACGGUGA